CAAAAUUUCAGUUAAAUAGUUAUAGUUUUACAAAUCGUUUAACUUAUAUAUAUGAUUGGCAUAAACUUGAUAAACUCGCUGAAUCGCCUCGAAAUAGAUAUAUAUGUUGUACAUCUUCCUCUAUCUUGAUGUCGUCAUCUUAGCUAAAUAAAUAAUUGCUAUUGGAAUAUUUUCAAAUGGCUUAUAAAUUCGAAUAAUAUCUAUGUAUACUUAAAGAAGCAAAAAAGCAAAGGAGAAUAAGGAAAAGUUUCAUUAUAAUAAAUACUAAUAGCAUUUAGAUAUGGCAUUUUUUUUAUUAUAAAAUUUUACUGUCAAAUGAAAAACCAGGCGACUUAUAAUGCAGAUUCCUAAUGAAGGUUUAGAUGCACCCGAUGGGCAGUCUGGUGGGCGACGUGGGCAGCGUGGGUAGCGACCCAACCCACCAUGCCACCCAUUGAGAAGAUGCAUCAGCAUUGGUGGUUGAGCCAAACCACGAUGUCACCCAUGUUAGAUGACGGCCAGCAAAUUCCCGAUCCACAGCAAGAUACACCCGAUUUUCGCGCCGAAGAGCCUCUCUGGGUAGCGUAUAAGCUGCAUAUGCGCGAGAGAAAUCGUCCCUACCGCUUAUCGCCACACCGCAAGAAGGCUGGUGCACUUCCAUCUUGGGAUUAUGCAGACAACAUGGGUUGCACAUGUUGCACAGUAUACAAGCGUUUGACGCCGCUCGCCACGUGCGCCGUCAUCACGACGCGCCAUUUCUUGACGACGGCUUCUUCCGUGGAGCUAGUGCUGCGUGGCCACCGGGGCCAGCGUUCGCUCGAAAAUAUACUAGGCGUGUGGUACGACCAUAAUAUUUAUGCUCAAAACAGCUCCUUCUACAUGUCAAUCGCGCGUGUUCACUACCACCCAGAGUUUCAGCGUCCAGAGAAUGUGAACCGGUCUCACCCGCUACCGGUGACGUUUGACCUUGCGGUGCUGGCGUCUACUUAUAAUGUGUACGGGUGGUACCUAUGGAGGAGCAACACGCGAAUUUGCCCACGCGCAUCAUCGAGCUGGACACAACAGGCAUCACCGUCACCUAUUCGAGGACACCCGCGACGCGAGAUUCAAUACUGCGUGGGUUACCAAUUCAUGUGGUCUUACAACCGCGUGCCCACUCCUUUUCACAAAUACUUUGUCCGGACAGAAGAAUAUGGACCGUGUGCGAAAAAGGAGUGGGGCUGGUUCAUUUGCAUCGAGGGCCACCAGUGGGCAAAGCAUGGUAUGGAUUCUGGUAGUACGCUAUUUCGCACUCACGACGGCUAUGACAGGCGUUACGACGGGCUGGUGGGCAUGCUCACGGUUUCCAUGCGGCUCCGCGAGCCCACCAUCAACCUUUACUAUACAGUACUAGACUGUCACUUCGUAUUAGACUUCCUUUACCUUGCCUACAUGGGCCGCUUACCCUACGAGUUCCUAGACUACCGCUUCGAGGAUACUCAGUGGGCCGCGCCUCGACCGCACGCCUGGGCUUGGAUUCGCCAUGACUAUACAUUGGGGGAGCAGCAUGAAUACGAAAUGCCGUGGUGGUGAACAGGAUUUAUAGCAUUUAAAAUUAGUUAAACUGAGACAUAAUGUAUUACAAUGUUUACCUGACUAUAAACCCAGGCUUGCGAUGUUGCAAAUGUUACUAAAUGUUUAAUCAUUACAAGUUUAGGCUACUUAAUAAUUUGAUAACCUAUUCAUAUACAUUUCUUUUGUACACACUUAAUAUAUUUUUUUAGAAAAGCUAAAAUGGCCUUUUUGUAAAAAAAAUCUGCUCGCAUUUAUGUCAAUCAUAUACUGCGUCAUCAUCUUUAAAUUUAUCGGCAUUAGGCAAAGUCCUAGGACGAAACAAAACAACCUUAGUGAGCUUGCCACGCCCGUAUACUACCACGUAUAUUUCCUUACGCAACUUUGUUAUGCUGCGUACAAAGUCUUUUGGCUGUCCCAGAAAAAACAACGCAUGAUCUUCUCUUUCAUAGUCAAUGAUGAAG